AUGGGCAACGUAGCUCGUCCAACUGAAACCGCCGCGAUGGGAAGUCUUAAGGCUAAAGCAGUGUCCGAAAAUGAGGCCGAGCCAGCAAAGAACGCAAAAGCUGCUCCUCGCGAUUUUUUCUCUCACAAUACACGCGACCUGUUGAUAAUCAGUUUAGUGCGUUAUAAGUUCAGCAAUGCCAGGUCUACAGUUUGUUUGUACCAAGUGUGGUUGGAAGAUUUAUUUAAUUUGCAACAUUUUCCUCAUACGUUUGAUAAUUUGGUUGGCGUAUAUGUUGUUUUUAGCGCGCCAAAUUUGAAAAAUCCAGUACAGAGCAGUCUUAAAAAGGGCAUGUUGGAGUUUGUGAUGAAAUAA